UACAAGCCUAGAUAUAAAACAAAAAUCGCAAACUGUCCCGAGGAGGGCAGGGUGAUAGUUCGAACCUAUAUUCCAUGCCUCCCACGAGCCUAGAGGUCGACCGAGGCCCAGUUCCGGCCGCUCUCCCCCCCUCAGGACGUCUUGCGAUGCCGAGGCAGAGAAGUGCCGGCAGUGAGUAUCAGAGCUCUGUGUCGAUCGCAGGCCUUGUCAUGGUCGAGAAGCUAUGCCCCCGACUCCCAUCUUAGGGUUCAUCCUAACGUUAUCGUUCUAUGUGACAGUUACGUCUGCCCUCCUCACCCAAAAUGAAGAUCCUGAUUUCCGGCCUUACCUUCUUUCAACUUGCCAACGUGUAUGGGCCCGCGGGCAGAUAUGCGAACGGCGUCAGGUGAAGACUGAGGACGGAUACAUUCUGGCAUUACACAGACUGCACACGAAGAAUCUCAAUUACGGCCCUCCUGUUCUUGUGAUACACGGAUUAUUGUCCGCAAGCGACCAGUGGCUUUUAAGUGGAAGGGAUCGUGACUUACCAUCAAUCUUAGCUGAUAAAGGGUAUGAUGUUUGGCUUGGUGAUACAAGGGGUAACGCUUAUUCUAGAAAACAUAUUAGUCUUAAUCCAGACUCUCCGGAAUUUUGGGAUUUUAGCUUUCAUGAAGUCGGCUACUAUGACAUUCCAGCGAUGGUGGACUAUAUAAGGCUACAAUCUGGGCACAAAAAGGUGUACUAUGUCGGAUAUUCGUUAGGUGGUACCGACUUCCUUGUCAUGGCAUCAGCCCGUCCAGAGUACAAUAAAAAAAUAAAAGCUGGAAUAUUGAUAGCCCCUUAUGCUUACAGCCCAUCAAACAUGAAUAGAGUAGUACAAAUGCUCGUAAGCAUUACGACUUCUGUUAUGAGACGUUGGAGAAUGUUAAGAGUAUUUGAAGUCUUUCCAAGAUCAAAUGCUACUUUAGUUAUGAAUCAUCUUUUGUGUAUGCCAAAAUCUAGCCUCAUGCCAUUAUGUCUUCAGGUUUAUAACCAAAUAUUUGGACUCACAGAAGAAUUAAAUGAGGAUCAUCUUAUUGAUUUAAUGAGCACAUUCCGUGCAGGGUCAUCAGCCAAGACUUUGAAUCACUGCAUGCAAGUUAUGCAUAUGGAUUCUCUGCGAUAUUAUGAUUACGACGAUGCAGAAAACUUGAAGAGAUACGGACAAACCGAUCCACCUGAGUACAACCUUUCCCUUAUCACUGCUCCAGUAUCGCUUCACUAUAGUUCUCAAGACUGGUUUGUCAGUACAGAGAAAGUUGAACGGCUGACGUCAAAGCUUCCUAAUGUAAUAGGAAAAUAUUUAGUCUCUUCUAGAAGUUUCAACCACAUGGACUUUUUGGUUGGCAUUCAUGCUAGGGAGCUGGUAUACGAAGAUGUAACAAACGUCAUAUCAAAUUUAACAUGAACGUUAAACAUUUAUGUCCCACCGUUUUAAAGUUGCAACUUAACAAGUGUAUAUUUUGAUAUUCAAUUCGAGGAAUGUAUAUAGCUACUCUGUGUGUAAGGUGUACGUACAUCUUCAAACUGAACAGUAACCAAAUAUUGUUAGCUUACUAUAAAUAUUUAAG